AUGGCGCGGAGCGGACGGCAUUCAGGCAGAGGUAUGAACGGGAUGAGGUACGACCGGGAUGAGACCAUUGGAAAGCUCUUAAACGAGGACGCGGAGCGGUUCUCCCUGCCAAUCAAACGACGCCACGUCAGCACGGGGCACGGGCUGCAGGGAUUCGUGCUGUACAGCAGCUACCGCCUGAACAUGUCGUCCUUUGUGGUGCUCGGGCUCUCCCCCAUGGCGCUGCACUCGCUGCCACGUGUCAACUCGUGCAGGCCUCCUGCAUCCGCUUUCUCUUGUUCUCUUUCUCCUUUGUCCCCCAUCCACCUCUCUUCUCACAUCUCCACUCCGCUUCUCCACUCCACCUCUCUCCAUCCCACCUCUCGCCUCCCCACCUCUCUCCACUCCACCUCUCUAUUCAAUCUCUCUACUCACCUCUCCUUCACCGCUCCUCUCCCUGUUCUUCCACCCGACCGCAUGCGCCCUGGUGCUACACGUGGCACAGCACGCGCAGGAUUCUCACGGCACCUGUUGGAAGUCAAGGGAGGUGGCAAAGAGGGGGCAAAAAGGGAGGAGGGGGGGAAAGGGGAUGUGGGGAGGAAAGGGGAGGCACGGAGGAAUGGGGACGAGGGAGGUAAAGGGGCUGUGCGAGGCAAAGGGUAUGGGGGGAGGGUAAGGCAGGGGGGGAAGGUCGGGGUAAAGUGGGCGCACGUGGUUCAUGAGGGGAGGAGCGGGGCUGAGAAGGUGGAGGGCAGAAGAGAUAGUGGGAAGAGGGGCGAAACGGGGAAGACGGAGGGGAAGAAUGAGAUGAAAGGAGGUGCAGUGGGGUUGAAGGAGCAGCAGCAGGCACUGCGGCAGGCAUGCAAGGAGGUAAAGGGGGAAGGUGGACGAGAAAGGGAAGGAGGGAAGGGAGGAGAGAAGGUAGGGGAAAAGGUAGGAGUAAAGGGAGGAGGCAAAGGAGGAGCGAAGGAAAGAGAGAAAGAAGGAGGAAAGGGAGGAGAGGUGGGCGGGGAGAAGGGGAAAGAGAAGGGAGGAGACAAAGGAGGAGGUAAGGGAGGAGGGGAGAGGAAGGUGGAGCAAAAGGCAGGUGGUGUUUAUGCCAAGGGCGUUAUGGGUGUACAGGGAACAGCAGGCAUAGGCAGUGGGGGAGCGGUAGGUCGAGCAGAGGGAGGGAAUAGAAACGUGGCAAUUGGCGUUUCUGCCAAGGGCGGUAUGGGUGCACAGGGAACAGCAAGCACAGGUGGUGGGGAAAUGGUAGCAAAGGAGGAGGAGGAGGAGGAGGAGGAGGAGGAGGAGGAGGAGGAGGAGGAGGAGGAGGAGGAGGAGGAGGAGGAGGAGGAGGAGGAGGAGGAGGCGGCGGGUCAAAGACCAAGCACCCGCCAGGGUCAAUCCAGGGCACAGUGA